GGUGUGCACUAGAUUUGUCGCAAGUCCAACAUUCCCAAACACCUCAGCUGUCGUCCGAGCGCGCGCGACUCCGGUGAAAACAGUACACUGCCGACUGCAAUCCUCCAACCCAUCAUAUCAGGGCCGGCACCCAAAGAGGAGGAAAGGUUGCGAUGCAGAACUACGGACAAACACCAGGCUAUCAGCAGCCAGGAAGCGCGGCGGGCUUCGCGGGGCAGCAGGGCGGGCCUACACCGGCUCCGCCGCCACCACAACCGGGCUAUGGAGUCCCUCAGGGAUAUCAGUCUAUUCCUCCUCAGGCGCAGAGUCAAUGGACUAUAGCUACGCCUACGCAAACUCAAGUCCCGGGUGCCUGGAACCAAUCGCAACAGCAAAUCAUGGCUGGAUAUAAUCCAGGCACAUACGGGGCCAUGCCAGCUGCACAGCAACAGCAACAGCAAUAUGUUCAGCAGCAGCAACAAGGCCAGCCUCCCCCUUCUCCGCCAAAACCCCAGGGCUUCGCGGCAGCAGUCCAGCGACAAGAACAACUUCAAAAGCAACAGCAGCCGCAGCAGGCUUGGCCUCAACAGCCACAGCAAACCACCGGGUUCAUACCUCAAGCUCAACAGGGAGGAUAUCCUAUUCAAGGCAAUCCACAGCAAGCGUACCAGCAAGCAGCUCCCCCACCGCCUUCAGCUGUGCAGGGCGCUGCAUACUAUCCCCCACCACAAGGCGGAAGACCAAGUUCAACUAACAGCAUUACCCAAGCAGUAGCAAACUCUAAUGCUCAACCUACUGGUUCCCCACAAGUCCCAGCAACCGCCAGCCCAGUUAGGCAGCAGUCGACGUACAUACCACCCGCUCUAAAUGGACAAGGUGGACAACAGUACACGCCCUCGAAUACUAAUUCUGCACAACGUGUGUAUGCUUCUACUCCUCCACCAAAUGCUCCAGGGUGGCAGCAAGUUCAGCCGACCCAAAGCGCACAGCCCGUGUACCAAUCGCAGCAACCACCACCUCUUCCGGUACGCUUCAGCCAGCAGGCAGGGCAGAUUCAGCAACAACAGCAGUACUAUCAAUAUGGACAACAAGCAUUUGCUCAAUACCCACCACAGACACCCACACCUCCACAACAGACAUCAUCUCCAUUCCAAGCACAGCAGCACAACUACCAACAGCAACCACAAGGCCAAUCCCAAGUUCAAGCUCAAGCUCAAAAUCAGUGGCAGCCACCACCGCCGCCCGCUCCAGUGCCCAAUCCCCAAACUCUACCCCCAUCCUAUGCAAACCAACAGGCAGCACAGCAACCACAAACUCAAACAAGUGGCCAGGAACAAGCCCCACUCAAUCGCACUAACACUGCCGUGACAAACUUGUCCGAGUCCAAUCCAAGUCAACCAGUAUCACCAGUAUCCAAUCGCCCAAGUCUGAGUUUUGCCUCUGGGCAGCGUCCUAGCUAUGAACGUGUCGACUCUAUAGGCUCAGUUGCUUUUGCCAAUUACCAAGCGCAGCGUGCGAAUGAUAAACCCCUCCCUCAGACGCAGCCAACUCCGCCUCCACCUCGCGACGACAAGUCCACGUUCAGUGCACUGGCUGCUGGUGGUCCUUCAGAUUGGGAACAUUUGGGUGGCGGCGAUGAGAUUGAUGACGAAGAACUCUUUGCUGCCAAACCAAAACAGCAAGAGAACAAGGCCACCCAAUCGAGUAGCGUCGAAUUGCCAGCUCACGUCCCCUCACCUCCUUCGACUCACGGCUUCCCGAGCCCUGCAGUACAUCCGGCUAACCUGGAUUCAAAUGACUCGGGCGAAACCUACAUGCCUACACCACCUUCUAGCACGGCAAAUCUCAGCGAGCAGCGUCCGCCAUAUCCAGCACACGGGGGUUUCGUCGUGAAUGAUGCAAUUGUAGCGCCUUUGAGAACAGCUCCUAAGCCUGCAGACAACACACAACGACUACGAGAUAACCAUCUGGCAUCAGAGUCGUUGCCUGGAAGUGCGCAGGUGGAUAGUCUCACUGCAGAAAUAAAGGCAAAAGACGAGCUCAUUGACCAGCUACGAGCAGACUUGCAACGAGAGACUGACACUCGCAAUGCUGAGAUUGGGCUCUUCACGGCCGAGCGGCUGAAGCUUGAAUCAGAAUCAGAGGCUGCAAGAAACCAUGCAGCCAACGAGAUGAGUGUUUUGCAAGCACAAAUCGACAAUAUGAGGCUUACUGCCGAUCAAGCUAACGCCAAUUCCGAUGCGGUGGCCAGAGAAAAGGAACGCGACAACACCAUUGCUGAGCUGAGACACCAACUCGAGGUCGAAAGGACGAAAGAACUGCCGAAGCCAACCGCGGCAGACCUCAUUCCAGAUCUUGACCCAUGGUAUGUUAGCUCGCUAGAAAAGUACAUUGCCAUGCUUCGCAGCGAGGCAAUGGAGCCGCAGCUUGAAGAAAAGAUGAAGAUUUUCAAAGCAUUCAUGAAAGCCGAGUCUGCCGCCAGGGGGAUCGACUUUUUCGAUACUCCACCCAAGGUGCCGGCAAAAGAGCCUGUGCAAGGCAGUAACUCUGACAUCUCUGAUGCGAGACCAAACCUGAGGGUUCAAGUACCGCAGGAAAUAGUGGACGAGGAUGACCAUGACUAUAGCCCAGGUGGAAGGCCCAUUCUCAUGCGACAACCAACAAUGCCUUCCUUGGAGAACAUUCAGCCGCGGGCUCCAACAGCACCUUCUGUGCAGUCCACCACCAUCCUGACACCGACAAGCUCAGUCGAUGAUGAUGCGAACAAAACACCGAUCCAAUCUCUGCCUGAAGGGCAGCCACAGUCGCAGUACAAAGCUUACAUACCACCCUCCACAAAACCCGAAGAACCGGCUCCUUUGAGCCAUAGGUUUUCAAUGAAUUUUUCAGGUACUCCAACCGGAGCCAGGGGCCCUGAUGAAAUCUUCUUUGGAACAGGUCAGCCAAGGACACAGAGAUAUGAAGAUGAUGCCGACGAACCCAUCCCCAGACCUUUGAGUCUGCACCCACACCGCCCGACUUCAAUGAUUCUCCCAUCCAAAGACGAUGGGAACAAAAUUUUGGCUGCAAUCUUACCGCGACAUCUCGAAGGCCCGACUAGCCGUCAACUCCAGGAGCUCAAAUACAAGUUGAAGAAUGCAGAAAUUGAGUUGGUUGGUGCGAAGAAACUCGAGCAAAUAUGGGAAGAGUCGGCAUCUCUUACUCGCUGGAAAAACGACGACGCUCGUCGAAAGCGCCAAGACGAGAAUGAAGAGCGCAACGACGAGCUAUUCAAUGGUAAUGAAAUCUCAUACGCAGAGAUGAAGCAGAUGGAGGAAGACUUUAAGAGCAAGGAAGCUGCGCUCAAAACGAAAAAGGUCGAGGAAGAAUACAAGAGUUACGUAGAAGCUGUGUUCGACCCAGUCUACAACGGUCUUGAGGCGGAGAUGCACUCACUCAUGGACGUGUAUGUCGAAGCCGAACAUCUGCUCCAAACGUCGGUCUCUGGAAUCAAGAGUCUAGAGGGCGGCGACCCACCCAGCACUGAGGACUGUCUCGAGCUCCUGGACGCUAUAUACAAGCAAGUGGAAAAGAGGCACGAGGGCGUCGUACACGUUGUUGCAGAGCGCGACCGCUGCUACAAGAAGACUGAGAUCCAGCCCCUGUACGCCACCGGCAAGAUUGCCCAAGUCCGAGACACGGAGAAGCAUUUCGAAUCUGCAGAAAAGCAAGCUGCGCUCAAAGCCAAGCGCGAGAAAGCAAGACGCAUUGGCCAGCUCGUCAGCUUUGCAGAAGACGUCGUUGUCAAUGCCCUCAGCACAGAGCAGAAGGAAAUGGACCAGAUUGUUGCUGCCAUCAAGAGCUUGGAUGAUGGUACAGGUGAUGCAGACCUUCUUGCCCGCGCCCACUCGACACUCGAUGCACUCAAGCGGUCGUCCAAGGCUUUGCUGACGCUAUUCAACGACCUCGAAGUCGAGCUCAAUAGCGCAGUCAUGGACGCGGACAUUGCAGAGGCCCAAAGCCAGAAUGCAGAUGCAAAGCGUGUGCAGGAGUUGCAGGCGGAGAAGAAGCAGGGUGAGAAGAAGUUGGUCGAGGAAUACAUACGGAGAGUGCGUGUGCUGGAAAGCGACCAGACUGAGCUCAAGGAGUUGGUGGAGAGGAAGAUGUCCAAGGGACAUGGAAAUGCGGAUCAAAAGUAAACUACCUUUUUUUUCUUUCUUUCUUGAACGGAAAUGGGUCAUGUUGGCGCAGCUUGACGAUUUAUCUGGCAGUUGUUCAGUCCAAAUACGAAUCUUGAC